AUAUUCCUUAGAGUGACCGAUUCUGCAACUUUACCCUUUUUUUAAACUAAAUAACCUGAAAAAUUCAAUAAUAUUUGACUAAUUGAAACAGUUUAAAUUAUUAUCCACGAGUCAAAUGAACUACCCACACAUUUUAAACGUCAAAGACGUCAACAAACACAAAAGUGUGCAACAUUUCUGUAUUUUAUAAAAAAAUGUGAAUGGAAUGUGGUUUAUUUUAACUGUUACUACUGGUUAUUAUGAGUUUAAUAAGCGAACUACAUUUCUGGACGACUCAGGAAGAUGUUCUUGUCAAGCACACGGAUUAUGGGUCAUUUAAGUACUUUCACAAAAAGGAACAGCAGGAGUCAAUUUACGGUGUUUGUAAAAAGAAUUACUGUGAACAAAGGAAUGUUAUAUGGCAGUUAAACAAUAAAAGACCAAACAAAUUAAAAGAUCGGUUGAAAGACUUGGAAGAGGCAUUAGUGAACAAUAAAAUCGUAAAUUACAAUUGGUCUGACAACAAACUUCAUUUGUUGCUGUCCACAGGAUUGUUAGUCAACAUUGUUGUCAAUAAUUCCACUGGUGACAUUAAUAAUAUUGUAUUUGAUAAGCAGUUAUCUGCCAAAAUACAAGCAAACAUAAUAUGUGAUGGUAUUACAAUAAAUGACCAAGUAAUUUGUAUCUGCAAUGAUGGCCAUGUGGUGGGCUAUGGUGGGUUCUGGAAAGAGGGUUGGGUCUUAGAGGGUGGCCCACGUAGGAAACUUAACUAUUAUGGGGAGUGGCUGGCAGUGUGGGGUAAAGCAAGCUCCGAACACCCACAACCAUGGAGCCCACUAGCUAAAGAUCAUCAAAGGGCCAACCUUCAUCUAUACUGGAUUGGGGCAAAGGAUCCUGAACUGUUGGCCUACAAAAAAACUGAUGGAGAACCUCUACAAGUGGUUGUCAGCAAGAUUUGCAGCCAGAUGUUGAUUGUGAUAGAACAGAAAGUGACACAGAAAGGUGCUGUUUCUGUUGAAGUAAGCAACUUUGAAUUAGUAGGAAACAACUUAAAAAGGGCUUCAGUUACAUCAGUUCCCCUACAAACUCAAGUGAGUUGCACAGCUUUAAGUGAUUGCGAAAAUCGCCUUCUUAUUGGCUGCAUAGAUGGAUCCCUGGCCAUCUUAAACAGGCACAGAGGAUCAACGCGUACCGUCAAAGCAACAUUUAUACCGACGUUCUGCAUUUGGCAUCCUCAAGGAGCUUUGGUAGCAAUUUCUAAUGAUAGGGGACAGCUCCAGUAUUUUGAUACUGCCUUAAACUGCGUCAAAUCGCAGAUCUUAAGCGAGGAUUUCAGCUCUACACCACUAACAGACAUCUCAGGUUAUUUAAAUGGACAAUUUAAUGUAGCUUCCUUAAACUGGGGACCAAAGUAUUUACUAUUUUCAUUGGAGCAAGGACCAAUAUUAUGUAUAACACAUUAUGAAAAUGCUCUUACAUUUAAAAAUCUAGCUAGAAAUUACAUAUCAAAUAAUAAAGUCGACAAAACUAUUAAACUGUUGUUGAGUUGGGAGUUUAAUGACGAUAGUUUUGCUAUUUUACAACAAGUUUGUGCCCAUAUAAUGAGGCAGCCAAUGACACAAGAGAAUGCACAGCAUCUACAAAAUGCUUUGGGAUUUUUUCACAAUCCGCCGAUACCACUCUCAUCAAAUGUUAGGCACCACUUUGGAACACAAGUGUUUUCUUUAACACGACGGUUUUUCCAUCAACUAGUUCGAGCCAAUAUGUUUGAAACUGCGUUUCUGUUAGCAGUAGACUUAGCUCAUCAUGAUCUCUUCAUGGACCUGUAUUACAUAGCUGUUAAAAUUGGCGAAACGGAAAUGGCAGCAGCUGCCCGUGCCCAAGCUUCGGCCCUUUUAAGCAGAUGCUCAAGUGAAGCUUCAAAUUGUUCCCGUUCUUCUUGCUCUCAGUGCUCCCAUACGGAGUCCUCGAUAAGCGACGAAGAAGAGUACCAGUCAAAUCAGUGGGCUGAAUCGAAAAAGGUUCCAGACGAAGUGCCGACUCAGAAAACACACAAUGACAAUUAUUUGACGACGUAUUUUAAUCAAAUGAAUCCGUCUACUUAUAAACCUGUAGUUCAGGACAGUAAUUCAUGUGCAAUAAAUAUGGAGCCAACUAAGUUGGCCUACACACCAAAAGCUACAUACGUAAAGGCCCCCCAGGUGCCGCCCAGCUUCAGCAAAGCACCGCCCAAUCCAGUGGUGCCCCCCCUUCCAAACUUAGCCAAUACUCUUUCCAUCCCCAGUAUUAAUUUCAACCGAAUUUCAGAGUCAAAUGCUGACCUGUAUAACUUUUUUAGUAACAGAAGUACAGCCGGUUUUAACAAGCAGUUCCCGCCAACUCCCGCCACAUCACAAGGCGAGAGCUUGUACAACAAAUCGAAUAACCUUUUGUACGGCAGCGUACCCAGUUUCUCUCAGAUAAAACCCGUAGUUCCGCCACUGCCCCAAACAACCCAAAACACCACAACAACACCCAACGUGAGCCGACCGUCAACUGCGUCCGGUUCCGGAGCGGCCAAGAAGAACCAGCCGAAAGUUAAGUUUUCGGACACGGUGACGGCGUUCAUAGUGCCCGAGUUGGAGAAGCGACCGCAGGGUAGGCCGCCCCUUCCGCCCUACGUGACUGAUCCGAAAAAGGAACUGGCGGACAGUCUGCCCCUGUGUCAUCCGAAUGAGGAUUAUCUGAAGGAUUUCACCCCCGUGAAGAAGAACAGCGAAUCUGGUAGUAAGGAGGUUCAAGCUAAGGUUAAAGUUGUUCAUUUUGGAGUUGUUUGAAUUGUUAAUUAGUUAAAUUUUUAUUUAAACUGACAUAGAUCUUAGAUCUCAAAUGAAUUUGGUUACUUUAAUAAUAAUGAAAAAUAACAGCAAAUAGCUUUUUAUUCAAAGCUAUUAAUUCGAUUUUAAAAGCUAAAUGUUUUAAUUUAGCGUUCACUGAUUUACUCCGUCCAUAUAAAUAUUUACUAUAUAUUUAAAAUGAUUAGCCAUAAGGUAAUACAUUUUUUGAUAAAAUCUAUUUUUAUACAUGUUAAACAAUAUACCUUUGAUAUUUAUAUUUUUUCUAUUUACAACGAUUUUAUACUAAUGACAUAAAUAUAUAUUUACUAAACAUGA